AAAUAAACAUGACGAUCUUUAUAUUUUCAAUCAAUAGAGGAUUAAUUUAUUUCGAAAGAAAAUCAACAUCAUUGUCAUGAUCAAACUUUUUGUUGCCAUCGAGUUACAUUCAAAAAUCAUCAUCAUCAUCAUCAUGUAAGUUUAUUUCAUUUGGAAGAAAAAUUGAUUGUCAGUAUUAAAUAACUCUUCAAUCUUGUGUUAACAAAUUUUUAUACUUGACACCAAAUAAAACACCCUUUCCCAGUGGGUAUUAUUUUGUUUAAUCUCCAUUGUGUAUGCCAGUCAAUCGUCUAUUGUGAUUGUGAUUUUUUUUUAUUUCGUAUAUUGGUGACAGCUCUAUUGUGUGCCACAAGUGGCCAUGGUUAAUUUCCCGGUUUUCAUUCAUUCUAAAUCAGCACUAUUCAACAACCUUUUUUCAUCAUUCACUAUAAUUAUUGUCGUUUUCUGGUUGAUGAUUCAGAAAAAAGACUAUGCGAGAAUUUAAUGUUGUUAUUCAUUUUGUGUCUUUGUCUCUUUUUUCGACUAAAGGAAAUUGUCAAUUGAUCAACAUUUAAUCAUACUGUUUGUCGUUGGAUUGCUGUUGAUAAAUGAUCAAUGUGAAGAUAUAUUCAUUAUGAUGUUCGUAAUCCAACCAAUAACAGGAUAAAUCUGUGAAAAACGUGAAAACAUAUCAUCCUGAUUAUCAUAAAUUUACAAGCAAGAAUCUACAUUUACCAUUUUAUAAUCAUCGUGGAAUGGAAUCAGAAUAGAAUUCAAGUCUUACAAAAAUAUGAACCACUACUCUUAUCGAAAGUAAUGAUUUCAAAAUAAACUGCACAUGAUGUCGCAUUCUCAAUUCAAUCACAAACGACUGAAAAAUGAUCCUGAAUUUGAAUCCAUUAUGGAUUUUGACAAUGUUGAAUUAUUCAAUCGUGAUACAUUAUAUUACCCACAUCAACGAUCAUGGCUAAGUUUUAUACACGAACAACGACUAGAAUUUCAACGUGUCCGUAAAAAAUUCAACAUUUUAUUUCUAUCGUCUGUCGCACUUUUUUCGUUAUUGUCAUUGAUAUUUUUAAUAGUGGCCAUAGUUCGUUAUAAUCAAAAUGUUGAAAACGAUUCGAUAAAAACCUUGGAUGAUGAAGCAUAUAUUGCACAAAUGAAAAUCUUUGAACAAUGCCAAUUGGUCAGGCCUGAAGAUCGAAUCGAUUGUAAUCCGGAUCCACCAAUCUCAAAAGAAAUAUGUGAAAAACGUGGAUGUUGCUGGAAUCCAAUCAAAGAGAAAUAUUCAAAUUACACAUUACGAACAACAAAAGCUUUACCUCCUGUUGAUAUUCCAUUUUGUUACUUUGAUCCCAUUGAUCAUGUUGGCUACAAAAUUAUCGAGAAUCGAUCUGAAGAAACUCACACUUAUGUUCAUUUGAAACGAGUUCACCCUUCUGGUUUUCCUGGUGAUAUUCAAAAUGUCAAAAUUGAUAUUUAUCAACUCACUGAUCAAAUGAUUCGAAUCAAAUUUAGUGAUCUGGAAAAUCCUCGUUUCGAAGUUCCUGUGCCUAAAUUAAACGUACCCGUUACAUCUGUGUCACAUUCAAAACUAUAUUCUAUUGAACUUCAUGAUUCCAAUCUAGUCAUUCGUCGCCGUGAAAAUGGUCAAGCUGUAUUCCAUGUAAAUUUAGCAUUGUUGAUAUAUUCAGACCAAUUCAUACAGAUGACAACACGAUUGCCUUCAGAUUUUGUGUAUGGUCUCGGUGAACAUCGAGAACCAUUUCGAAAACCUACUAACUGGAAACGAUAUACAAUGUUUAAUCGAGAUCAAUAUCCUUUGCCUGAUAUGGCAUUAUAUGGAUCCCAUCCAUUCUAUAUGACAGUUGAAGAAUACAACGACAAACGACCAGCAAGUGGUGUUUUCUUAUUCAACAGCAAUGCUAUGGAUAUUAUAACUCAACCUCAACCGGCCAUUACUUUCCGUACAAUAGGCGGCAUACUAGAUUUUUUCCUAUUUUUCGGUCCUAAAGCAGAAGACGUUGUGUGCCAAUAUCAUAAUCUGAUUGGUUUACCGUUGAUGCCACCGUUUUGGUCUUUGGGUUUUCACCUUUCACGAUUUGGUUACCGAAACAUGAGCAAUCUGUUGGCAACAUUCACUAGAAAUCGUGACGUUGAAAUUCCAAUGGAUGUUCAAUGGACCGAUAUCGAUAUAAUGGAUUCCAAUAAUGAUUUUACUUAUGAUGAAAAAAACUUCAAAGGAUUGCCCGAUUUUAUAAACAAAGUUUUACACAAAAAUGGAAUGAAAUUCAUACCGAUGUUUGAUCCUGGAAUAUCAGCUGGCGAGGCUCCGAAUUCAUAUCAACCAUUCGAUGUCGGCCUUCAAAUGAAUGUGUUUAUCAAAAAUUCGUCAGAUCACGUUUUCUACGGAAAAGUUUGGAAUCGAAAGUCAACAGUAUGGCCAGAUUUCUUUCAUCCAAAUGCAACAUUAUAUUGGACAAGGAUGCUUUCUCAAUAUCAUAAAACGAUUUCAUUCGAUGGUGCCUGGAUCGAUAUGAAUGAACCAUCGAAUUUUCUAGACGGCCAAAAUAUUGGUUGUCCCAAAAAUGAUUUCGAAACACCUCCAUACACACCAGGCAUGGUCGACGAGAGUUUGACAUUGAAACGUAAAACAUUGUGUAUGACAGCUCGACAUUACAAUGGUCAACUUCAUUAUAAUCUCCAUAAUUUGUAUGGAUUACAAGAAGCUAUCGUCACAAACGAUGCAUUGAAAAAUACGUUGAAAAAGCGUCCAUUUAUUAUAUCUCGCGCAACAGCGCCUGGUCAUGGCCAUUGGGCUUAUCAUUGGACUGGUGACAUUGUUUCUGAUUGGUCUUCAAUGAAUUGGUCAAUAUCAUCUAUAUUGAAUUUCAAUCUAUUUGGUAUUCCAAUGGUAGGCGCUGAUAUAUGUGGCUUUAAUGGAAACACAACCGAAGAACUUUGCGCUCGAUGGCAUCAAUUGGGUGCAUUCUAUACGUUUGCACGUAACCAUAAUACAGACGAUGGUAUUGAUCAAGAUCCAGCAGCAUUAGGACCGCAUGUAGUACAAGCAGCCAAAAAUGCUCUUCGUAUUCGAUAUGCUCAUUUAUCCUAUCUGUACACAUUGUUCUAUAAUGUACACAAAAAUGGAGGCACAGUUUUGCGUCCAUUGUUUUUUGAAUUCUCCGACGAUGAAAAUGCAUACAAGAUUGAUUCGCAAUUUAUGUGGGGUAAAUCAAUGAUGAUUGCACCGGCAUUAUCACCUAAUCAAAAAAAGAUCCAUGUAUAUUUCCCCAAAGGCACAUGGUUUUUUGUCGGUGAUUAUCAACGUAUUGAAGGCAAAGGUCAAUUCAUGUCGAUGCCCGCUUUAUUCACAUAUCCCAAUGUUUAUUAUCGUUCUGGAUCAAUUAUUCCGAUACAGAAACCAAAUAUAACAUCGGAAGCAACGAGACAAGAACCGUUCAGUUUGUUAGUUAUACUCGAAAAUGAAUUAUCGGCUGCUACUGGACAAUUGUAUUUGGAUGCUGGUGAUUACAUUGAUACCGAACAACUUGGACAAUUUAAUCUUUAUGAUUUUACAGUGAAAAAUCAAAAUUUGAACAUUGAAUCCAAACAUCUUGGCUACCAAACCAAUCUGAUUAUCGAGGAAAUCAUCAUCCUUGGAUUCUAUCAACAGCCGCAAUUUAUCUCGAUUGAUGGAAAAAAAGAUGGAUUUAACUUUAAAUAUGAACAAGCCCAUCAUACAUUGACUAUCAACAAUAUACGCCUUCCAUUAUACAAUGAUCAAACAAAAAUUCACCAUCAACUUUAUUGGGAUCUAUUAUAAACACUUUGGUCUGUUUAAAAUUGUUUUUGGCUUAAGCUUGUAUAAUAUAACCUGUACAUUUUAUUUAAUUUAAUAAUAAAAACCCAAAAAAAUUAUCUUAA